AUGCAGCUUCUGCUGACGUGUCGAAGCCUUUCCCCCUCUUUGUCAGCUGUCCAGGGACCUCCUGCCCAGAGCCAGAGUCUCAGGAGCAUUCAGGUAUCAGUUGUGCAACUUAAGGUUUCUGGAGUCAUAGAAGGCUCCACAGACAAGAUAGCAGCUCUGGUGGGGGGGGGGUGGAGACACCUGGAAUGGACAGCCUUUAGCAACUUUAGAGAUGGGUUAACCAUCCUGUUGAUAGUGGUGCAGCAAGGAUGGCACCUCAGAACUGAAUAUCAAGUCCCUGCCACCUGGCGGACCAUCCGGAGAAGAGCAGAUAAUGGCAAACAAGUCUGA